AUUCAGCAACGGCUAUUAUUGUGUAUCGUACCAAGCGCCAACACUGUACCUAUGGGCGAGGCCAACUUAGCCCCACAUUACCCCCUUCAACUAGGCACCGCCAACUUGCCUCACCUCGCCGGCCGAGGACAAAUCCAUUCUCGCUCGCAACUUCAAACCUAUCAGGAAGCACGUCCACUUCAUAUUCACCAUCAACUUCCAAUCCAUCCAUCUUUGCAUUAUCCACCGCCCCAAUGGUGUCGGGGGCCGACAUGAACGACAGCACAUGCUGCUCGUCGGCAUUAGCCCCUAUCUCGUGGCUAGAAGGCGCCCGAACAUUCUGCGGCUGAUGAUAGAGCUUGACUACUGAGCCCUCCCUCGGCGCGGCUUGCGACGCGAGUGCAAUUGUCCCUCGAGACGGAUCCCCGGAAGUGAUAUCAUACACUUGCGAGAGCUCAUCGCCGUUCAUGACUCCCAGGAAGAACUUGUCCUCCUUCUCCAACCACGCAGUCGAGGCAGCCCCAGAAGUCGCCAAUCCAUGCUUCGCAAUGGCAGCGAGGAGUAGACGCGUGGGGUUUGCGUCAUCAAGGGCCAGAACAAGGUUCCCUUCUGACCGUGUAAUGGUUAGCGCCGGUGUAAGCUCCACGAGGCUAGGGAAGUGCACGUUCGUCGAUGGCGACUCGCCACGCGCAAAUCCGACCCCUACGGCGCCAGACCCGUAGAUAGCGCCGUCGUGGAAGAGCGUCACAGGUCUUCCCGUGAUGAACGGUGUCGAGCUGGCAAGUACACCCAGUUUAGUCACGUUCGGAUACGCAGCACAGAGCGCAUUGUCCAAUCCCUCCGGCGCAAGGUCCGAGAAAUACAACACAGAGGACACGUCUCGACCCUCCAACCCCUCCGGCACCCUCCCCGCACCCGCGUUCCUCGCCCACACAUCCUCCCAAUUCGCGCGCUCCCCCAUAGUCACGCCCUCCAGCGGGCCCUCCGCGCCGCCCGCCCCACCUACCUCGCGCCGAUUCUCUCGCCUCGCUGCAUGCCACCUCCCCACCUGUGGCGCUAUCCGCCCCGGGAUCUCCGAGCGGAACGACGUGACGCGUGUCCCAUCCAGUACAGCGAGCGACAGUGCAUGGCGGCACUCACUAUGAGACGCGGCUGGCGCAGAAAGGCAUCCGACGUGUCGAGGAAAUGCUCCUCUCAGCGUGUCGAGCACACUGGACAGCGCAGACGACGGUGUGCUCGCGGAGAGCGCGAAGAGAAGGGUAUGCUCUGUCUUGGACUUGGACUUUGGAAGUGAGGGUGUCAGUCGGGAGAGCUGUGAGG